AUGGUGGAGCUGAGCUGCGAUUUUGAGGUCGGAACUUGCGCCUGGACCGACACCGCGCCGGACGGGUACUCUUGGUGGCGCACGAUCGGAGGCACGGGAUCGUCCAACACAGGCCCGAGCGGCGACCACGCCACUGGCUUGGGCUACUAUCUCUACACCGAGGCCAGUAGUCGCUUCAACAAGCUGCACCAGCUCGAGAGCCCGCUCUUCUCGCUCCAGCAGAAAGCCACCCUCUCCUUCUUCUACCACAUGUACGGCUCGGACAUGGGCACCCUCUCCUUCGAGGCCUACAACAGCGAGACGGGCUGGUCGUCGCUCUGGAGCAGGGCUGGCGACCAGGGCAAUAGCUGGCUCGACGCGGCAGUCGUCCUGCCCGCCUCGACGACGCAGGUGCGCUUCAACGGCCGGACGGGACCGGGCUACAGGUCGGACAUGGCGCUGGACGACAUCUCCUUCUCGCAGUUUGCGCCUCCGUCUUCCCUCCCGCACAUGACGUCGGCGAUCACCACAGACAGCGAGAGCAGCAGGAUUGCUGCCGCUCUCAUUCUACAGCAAGAGUAG